UUCAUUUCUUUUUCUGCCAAGUUUAAAAGAUUUAUUUAUCAUUUUAUUUAAUUUUCUCUACAUACUUCAUCUUCCUCUGAGACCCAUCUCUCUCGGUCUCUCACUCCCCUCCAGGAAAGAUAAAUCCCAUUUAGAAUAUUUGUAAACAACGAUUCAAAGAAAUAUGAGAAGGCUACAAAGGGACCAAGCCAAAGCAAAUCUUCUCAUUACGUCAACCAUUGCUCCGAUCUCUCUCUUCCUGGUACGUUUGACCCUUUUCUCACAAACCCAUUUCUCUUCAUCCUUCAGGGUCCUCAGAUUAAACUCUGACCGUCCAUUCACUCCUGUCCUAUCAUCAAUCUCAGACGUCCACGACCUCCUCCCCAAAUUCGGUCUCCCAAAGGGUCUCCUCCCCAAUUUCCAAUCUUACUCUCUCUCAGGCGAUGAUAGUUUCGAGGUCGAGCUCAGAAGCCCUUGCUAUGUGUACUACGAUAAGAAGAUUAUAGGGAAAUUGAGUUAUGGGUUGGUUUCUGAUGUGACUGGAAUUGAAGCCAAGAUGCUCCUUUUGUGGGUCUCUGUGACUAAGAUUCAUACCGAUAAGGGCUCAGAUAGCAUCAGAUUCUAUGUUGGAUCUUUGUCUGAGGAUCUUCCUGCCUCAAAAUUUGAAAAUGUUCCUGACUGUAAGAGUAAGGCUUGCAAAUCGACCAACCUCGAAUCCAUUUAAGUCUUGAGUAAAUAGGAAUUUACUCUCCAAGAUAAAGAAUCCACAAAAUGAUACCAUUGAAGUUGGGCCUAGAGAUUAUAAGCUGACCUUUUCAUCUACCUCGGGACAACUAAAACAAAUGUACAAUUCUAAAACUGAGGUUGAUGUACUAAUACAAUAGAGCUAUCUCUGGUAUGGUUCAAGCACUGGUGAUUCUGAUUCUCAGGCUUCAGGGGCAUAUAUUUUCCGGCCUAAUGGGGCACCUCCAAUUAUUGUUUCAAGAUCAGUAUGCACUUUCUUGCAGUUCAAUGUAUAUAUAUGUUAUUAUUUAUUUUCUAUAAAAAAAAUUAUAAGACCAAUUUAUGAUAAUAAGCUUUGAAAACAACAAAUUAACCAAGAGCUUCUAAUGGUUUUGACUUCUGAUCUGUUAUAUAAUUUCAUGCAUUUUACAGGUUCCACUAAAGGUCAUUCGUGGUAAUUUCAUGACUUUUGAUCUGUUGUAACUAUUUGUCUGUAAAUUUUUUAGUUUGACUGCUUAUGAUGGUCUGUAUUGCUUUUUUAAAGUAUAUUACUAAGCUUUUAAAUAAUGCCUUAGAGGUGUUUGAAUGAAUGAUUCACUAAGAUAUAUGUGAAUAAUUUCUUAUCAGUGAGGAAAUUGGAUUUUUGGCCCUGAAUUUUUUCUUAACGUUGAUUAUUUAAGAGUCCAUAAUUGUAAGUGUUAGUGUAAGAGCCAUGUAUUUAUGCUCUUUAGCUAUAAAUAUAUAUAAAUGGCUUUAUGAGUGUGAAUGAGGUAAGUUUUAGUUAUAUUUAGUGGGAUGUGCUCUGUUCCAUAAUUUUUCAAAUAUUUCUGAAGAAAUAGUUACAGAGUCAAAUUGGACCAGUGAGUUAAAUGAUUUCAAGGAAGCAUCAUAGUAUCACUUUUAUAUAAUUAAUUUAUGAUGUUCUGAAAAAAUUUCUGACCAUAGUUCAUACUUAUUAUAUAAUAAAUUGCCAAGCUUUUACAUUAUUUUACAAGUAAUUUAUAUAAAAUAAAUUAAAUGCACUUCUUUAUUUUUAACUCCAUAUUAGCUUUAGAUGUCUUAUUUAGUUAUUCCACUUUGAAAGUAAAUGGGUUCAAUAGAAAGAGAUUGUGGGUUCUUUAUCAUCAGUAUAUCAACCACAGAGACCUCUUCUAGAGACAUCAUCAACAUCUGUCGAUUCAGCUGCAACUGGACAUGCGAGUGGAGUUGAUUGGCAAGAAGAGGUUUACCAGAAGAUCAAAACAAUGAAGUAACUGUACUUACCUGAACUUCAUGAAUUGUAUCAGAAAAUUGCUGGCAAAUUACAGCAGCUUACUCGAUCGUUUAAUGAAAGUGGUAAAAUCUAUGUCACCUAAGGCAUUGAGUGCUUCUGUCAGGGACAUUGGCUCUGUUGUCAGCAUGGUUGGUCAAAGUUGAGUACUAUAGUACUCUCUUGCAUAUCCUCAAAGUUGGUCAGCCAUAGAUUUUGAUGGCUAGAAUUUGCCACUGAUAUGAAUUGCUAUGUGUUUUUUGACUUUGGAUUGAAGUUUUAGUGCCAUAUUAUGGAUACGUUCCUCUGUUUUCAUGUGAUUUAUUUUUUAUGCAUCUGGUUUAAAUUUCAAUUCUAUUACUAUUGAUCCUAAAUUAAGUUUAUGAUUUCAUGGGUUGUGUUGAAAUGCCUAUUCUCAAGUGUUCCCUCAUUUGCUUCUGCCUUAUUUUUGUGCAUGCAUAUUUAAUGCUUAUUUCUAUUCCUGCUUGUUAAUUUAUUGGAACAUAUAUAGUACAGUACUAAUUGAAAAUAUAUAUUUAUAUAUAUUGUUCUGAGAACACUCCUUGCACUCAUGUCCAUGGUAUAUAUAGUUUCUCAUUGUUUUAAACAUUGAUUUAUGUUUUUGCUUGCGUAUUUCUCUCUUGUUUUGGACAUUUAGCAUUAGCUAGUUAGAUUAAGUUUAUUUUUCAUUAAAAAUAUUAAUUUAUAAUAGAAAAACUUGUUUUAAAUAAUUGGGUGAAUCUUUUAUAAUGUUAUCUAAUGGUGAUCAUAUUUUAUUUUCUCUUUUUAUGACAUUUUAAAUAUGUUUUUUCUUCUUCUAUUUGUUUAGUGUACAUUAUUCUAUAUUAAAAAUAUCCCCUUUCUAUUUUCUUUAUUGUGAUUUUAAAAUAAAUUGUAGAAGUUAUGAAAGGAUUGGUGCCAAUUACCAUUUAGCUUUCAUUCGUAUUUGGGCUUGCAACAAUAUUGAAAUAACAACCACAUGAAAAUAAUGAUUUGAUCUGACCCAAUGAUUUUGAUCCCUUAUUGGGGUACUUUUGGUGCACUUUUCAUCAACUAAAACUUGUUAUGGAUUCACUUGUAUGGGUAUUUUGGUUAACUGUAACGACCCAGAUUUUCAAGACUCGAUAAUGCGGAAAUAUAAAUGUUUUCAUUUAACAAAAUGUCUCAAAAACCCAUAGAAAAAAAAAACUUUUUAAAAAGUCGUAUGGUCAUACUUAACAUUUAGUUACAAACAUGUUUUAUAAAGAGUAGCGUGAGCCUAGUUUAGGAAAAUUACACAACAUUUCCAAAAAUAAAACGGCUUCCCAAAAGGUCGGUCCACAUGUACAUUUGCAAGGAAGACUCCAGCGCUCACUGCUCUGCCUUGCCCUUGCUCUUACCUACAACAUGAAACAACUAGGUAAGCGAAAACGCUUAGUAAGAUCAACUUUCAAACAAAGCAUGUAGAGAAUUAGGGUUUCGAACCCAUCCGGACCCUACACAAUCAAUUCCAAGAACGCUAAAGCGUCCUGGAAAACUUAUGGUUAUGCCUGAUAACCAAUGGUAAAUUAAUUCAUAACUAGAUAAAAUCCUGCACUCAGAAAAUCCCAGAGCAAGCAGAUAUAUUAUAUCACAACUAUAUCUUAUCAACAAUUAUAUCUCUGCACUCAGAAAAUCCCAGAGCAAGCAGAUAUAUUAUAUCACCAUAUAAUUCGAGACCAACGCUCGACAAUUUCCAACAAUUCAAGCGUAACGCGCCCUCCAACAUAAUUGCUAAUCUGUAAAAGAGAACCGAGUCUCCACACUAAGAGUCUCCACACUAAGAUCUAGCCAAUAAAUAUUCUCAUCAAGGGUAACUAUCGUGUUACCUAGGGCAUCGCUACUUAUCCAAGAGUGUAAUCCAAUUUACACGGUUUUACGGAAACUUAUAUGUUAAUCAUUGGUGCUGGUGAGCAGUUGCCCCUAGGGUGUUCAGCCUCACUCAAUCUUUGCAACCCCUAGUAUCUCUAGGCACUCUCACUGAAUGGCCAAUAUUCACGGCUGCUAUCCGGGAAUAACUUAUCAGAGCACUUACUCGGAUUCUAACCGUCCAAUGAUUAAGUAAGCAUGAGGGCCCCUAGGUCCCAUUUAUUUUGGCGCCCCUAGGUUUAACCAGCUUAUCCUCAUCUCAUGGCCACUCGUCGCGGUAAUGAGCCGGACAUAAAUAAAAUCAAGCAGUGUGACGGGGAUCAACCGUCUAGGAUAUGACGGACAUCUACCGUUCAUAUUUUCUAAAUCAGCACUCACUAGACUAACGUCUCUAAGCAACUUUCUAUGACAGUCUAUAUAUGUGCAUGUAUCCCUAUACUAACAUACAAGACAAUAAUCAUUUCAUGUUGCAGCCAUACAAUAUAAGUUGACUUACUUGGAGUCCUUAGCGCUCAGCAGGUUUUCACCCUCCAACAUUCAGUCCAGUUACGCUUAGCCAAUAAUGUAGUUAUCCAUACAGUAUACUCGGAUUAAUUAUGGCACUCAUAAUUCAUUAUUAUUAUUUUGGGCAGUUUGGUCAUUUUAAUAAAAGUCAUUUGUAAGGAUUUAUAAAUGUUUCAUAAGAAGAAAAGUCCAAAUUGGCUUUUGACACCUUUUUCACUCUUAUUAAGUUUUAACCACCAAACUUAACAUUAAUUAAUUAAAUUAAAUUUCUCUCACAUUUAAUUUAAUUAAUCACAUAAUAAAAUUUAACCUAAAGUCCAUUCAUGGAAUAAAAUUCCCCAUUUCGACAAAAUUAGGCAUUUAACACAAAAUGCCUUAAAAUUUCCAUUUUCUUUUAGGUUUAUUAUUUUUGACCAAACUUGAACUUUUAUGAAUGUAUUUUAUGCUCAAAAUAUAAUUGCCAUGAUUUUUCAUUUUAUUUUCCAAGAUUUUUACCCGAUCAGGGUUUUUGUGUCGGUCCAGGACCGAAAGUCUUAUCUUGACUUUUAAAAUCACAAAAUUCAUAUUUUGGCUAGCAAUAACUCAUGGAAUACUUCCAAACAAAAUAUAAUAUUAUUUAAAAUAAUAUUCUUAACCCGGGGGAGAAAUCCCGAUCCGAGUCGUUUAAAGGUACCCGAAAACGCAGGACGUUACACUAACAGUAAGCAAUAUUGAAGAAACUGGGCUAAAACCUUUAACUGAUUAAAAUGCUAAAGAAAAUUUUCAGGUGCAUUUUUUAUUAUUGUUGUUUUUCUAUAUGAUUAUGUUGGAUAAUAAGCAAGUGUAGAUAAUUCUCUUAUCUUGUUGGUACUUAUUGACAGAGUUUCAAGUUCUGCAAUCAAUUUUAGACCUUAUGUUGGAUAAUAUAUAUACAUAAUUUUAGACCUUAUGUUAUAAGCUACUGCAUUCAUACAUAUAUAUUUGGAUAUAAUUGUAGAUUUUCUAUCUAUUAUAAGCUACUGAAUCCAUACAUAUGCAGGUUCUGGCUACUAUAUAUCUCAUUACCAUGAUUUUAAAUUUGUGUACCACAAGCAUAUUGGUGUUAUUAAAAGCAUUUUUUCUUGUAGCAUGUUGUAUAAACUUUAUUGCAUGGUCCUCUCUUGAUGAUGACUUGUCUUCUGUUUUUACAAGUAUUUUGUCUUUGUAACAAAAGCUAUCUUUGAGUUGGUAACAAAAGCUGUCUUUGAGUUGGUAUCAACUGAAACAUAUAAGUGUAAAGAUUUAAUUACAAUGGUAAUUAAGUAAGUAACAUUCUGAGUGCAUAAUCAAUUGCUGAUUUUAUGUCUAUUACUUUUCAGCUUUUUCAUGUAGCUCUUUCUUCUUCUUUAUUAUUAUUAUUAUUCAUCUCUAUCUACCCUCAAUUAACUAGCUUGCUUAGUUUAAGUGGAAUAAUGAUGAAGCUAAUGUAACUCAUGGCUUAGCAUCCCUCAUUUGAAUACAGUUAUUUUUCUACUUGUGUAGACUGUGGAGAGUAGAUUUUGAUUUUUGGCAUAUCAGGUUAUUACUACCAUACCAUCAACUUGGCAAAUGUUGAUAAUUUUGGGACAAUGGUUUAUUUUUUAAAAUGAUAUAUGUGAGCUAUACAAUGGUAAAUGUAGUUUGAUUUUCAAAAUAUGUGUGUGUGUCUAUAUGUGUUACUGCUGAUGAGGCUACUAUUGCUGAAAUAUCUUGUCCAAAUGUUUCUUGUGUGUAGUUAAUUUAGUAAUACUUUGAAUUGAGAUGUCAUGUUUUAUUAUGUAUAGUGGUGGAGGAGAUUAAAAAAUGUUUCAUUGUAGAAAUACCCAGCUAGCUUUAGAAGAUUUUUUAGUCUUUUAACAAGCACCAUUCUGAAGAGUAGUUGGACAUGAGCUUGUGCUUAGAUGAGUUUUUGUUGACUCUCUAGUGUCAUCUGUGGUCUUUAAGCAUUCCUCUAUGAAUUGUAUAUUUGAUCAAUUUCCCACUUUAAAACUCAGUGCCCUUUUUCACUUUGAUAAGUUUGACUCUUUUAUUUUUAUUUUUAUGGAUGACUUUGAAUAUCUUCUAAGUAACUAGUAAGUAUAUUUUGAAUAUCUUAGAAUGAGUAAAGGAGUAUGGUUUGUGAGAAACUAGAUGUGCUUAGAUAAUACUAUUCCCACCAUGACCGUCAAGACCUCGAUAAUUUUUUGGUAAGUAUAUUUGCUUUUUCUGGUUUUAGUUGGUAAUUUUGUUUGUUUUCCUCUGCAACUAACUGAGCAUAUAUAUUUCAUUUCCUAACAUCUAAAACAAAACAUGGAUAAUGGCAACUAAGGUCACUUAGGACAAUUGAAAAGUUCAGAUAAUUAGAAUAAAGAAAACUAAAUGUUUACACAGUCUUACAGUAGUUGUAAUGUGGCCAUUUUAGAGCCAUGGAAUGUGGUUCCAUGUGGAUGCUGCAUAUGCUGGAAGUGCUUGUAUAUGUCCAGAAUAUUGCCACUACAUUGAUGGUGUUGAAGAAGCUGACUCAUUUAACAUGAAUGCACAUAAAUGGCUUCUGACAAACUUUGAUUGUUCUUCACUCUGGAUCAAGGUAUGUGAGUACCAUUAAUGCACAAAAAAGGCUUCUAACAGUAGCGAGUUUGAUUUUCCAUGCAUUCUGGUACAUGAUCAUGAAGACAGAGUACAUAUAUUGCAACAGUUAUCUAACUUGCAGGUCACUUUAAUGUAUAACUAGUCUUUUAUGUGUGCUGGUUUUAUUACUUUAAAAUAUCAUUUCACUAAUACUAACUCUUCUCGCAAAUGGACAGAGCAAAUUGAAGAAUGUAGCAUGUAUUUCCUCCUCCCAAGCCUACCUCUUAGUGAGAGAUCAAAUUGAAAAAUCAAAAUCUGAAGUUAUUGAGUAUCAUGAACUAUACAUAUAAUGAAUUAUUGCACUAUACAUCAAUUGCUAGAGUCUACAGAUUUAAUAUUUAUUGCACUAUACAGAUGCAUUGUUGUGCUUGUUUAACACAACAUAGAACUAGAUCUGAUCCAUAAUUUGUAUAAGAAGCUAAUAAAAAAUCUGUUUUUAUUUUUCAAUUCCCAUUUGCAGGAGAGAGAUUUAGUGAUUUAGUGCUAAGUGGAGUGCCUCCAUUUUGGGCUGAGCGAGCAAGGGAUAUUUGAAGAAGUAUUACAUGGUGACCUAGACUUUUCAACAGACCCAUGGCCUAGUAUUUCUAAAGAUGCCAAAGAUUUAGUAAGGAAAAUGCUUAUUCGAGAUCCCAAAAGGUGGAUAUCUGCACAUGAUGUUUUUUGAAGCUCUGGAUGUUGUUCAUAUAAGCAAAGAAGAUUAGCACAGUGUAACUUUUUUAAUGGUUUUUGGCUGUAGGUUCUCUACUGAAGAAUUUUUGGGGGUAUGUUUCAAGGAAAUAAGUAAAGAAAUGACUUAUGGAUUUUAGUGGUUAAACAGACUGUGGGGCUUGCGAGGGUGAUGAUCAAGCAUAGUUUAGAAGUAGAGGGCUUACUUGAUGCAGUGGACAUUGUUGGAACAGGUGGUGAUGGAGCAAACACAGUUAACAUUUCGACUGGAGCUUCAAUACUUGCUGCAGCUUGUGGUACCAAAAUUGCAAAGCAAGGAAAUCGUUCAAGUUCUUCAGCAUGUGGAAGUGCCGAUGUAUUAGAAGAGUUGGGGAUAGUUAUCGACCUGGAACCUGAGGUUCGUGCUGUAAAAUUUUCUGUUUUAGAUGAAUAAGCUGGUAGAUUAAUAAGAUGCUAAACCAAUUUCAAAUUUGUCAAUGUCUUUGUCAGCAGCAGCUUCUCAUCUUGUAAGAGCGUAACUGAACAUUAUUCUGACUCAAUUCAAGUUUGUGAUAUGUGUGACUUAAUUGUCUUAUUAAAUUUGUUCUGAUCAUUUUUUUAUUA